AUGGAGGACGCAUUCGACGGUGCUGUUGGUAUUGAUCUCGGAACAACCUACUCCUGUGUAGGUAUCUGGCAAAACGACCGUGUUGAGAUUAUUGCCAAUGACCAGGGCAACCGGACGACGCCUUCAUAUGUUGCUUUUUCUUCGGAGGAGCGACUGAUCGGCGAUGCCGCCAAAAAUCAGGCCGCGAUGAACCCUCGCAACACCAUCUUCGAUGCAAAGCGUCUCAUCGGCCGGAGAUAUGACGAUCCCGAUGUCAAGAAGGACAUUUCUCACUGGCCUUUUGAGGUCAUCGAGAAAGAUGGAUCACCUCUGAUCAAGGUUGAGUAUCUUGGCGAGGAAAAAUCAUUCAGCCCACAAGAGAUCUCGUCUAUGGUUUUGACAAAAAUGAAGGAGAUCUCUGAGGCCAAGCUUGGAAAGACUGUCAAGAAGGCGGUCGUCACCGUUCCUGCAUACUUCAACGAUUCCCAGCGUCUUGCUACCAAGGACGCGGGUGCCAUCGCCGGACUUGAUGUCCUCCGCAUUAUCAACGAACCCACAGCAGCUGCGAUCGCAUACGGUCUGGAUCGCCAGUCAAGCGCCGAAAAGAACGUCCUUAUUUUCGACUUGGGCGGUGGAACUUUCGAUGUCUCCCUGCUGAACAUUACUGGUGGUGUGUUCGCCGUCAAGGCGACAGCCGGUGAUACUCACCUGGGUGGCGAGGAUUUUGACAACAACUUGUUGGACCACUUCAAAAAGGAAUUCCAACGGAAAACUAAACUCGACAUCUCCGAUGAUCCUCGUGCAUUGCGUCGCUUGAGGAGUGCCUGUGAACGCGCCAAGCGGACACUCUCCAGCGUCACCCAGACGACUGUAGAAGUCGACUCGCUCUACCAGGGUGAAGACUUCUCGGCGAACAUCACUCGUGCCCGUUUCGAGGAGAUUAAUGCUUCUCUCUUUAAGUCGACGAUCGACCCUGUUGAGCGAGUGCUUAAGGAUGCCAAGAUGCCUCGCGAGAAGGUCGAUGAUAUUGUUCUGGUCGGUGGAUCCACUCGUAUUCCUAAGGUUCAAUCAUUGGUCUCGGAAUACUUUGGCGGCCGCCAGCUUAAUAAGUCGAUUAACCCCGAUGAGGCUGUCGCUUACGGUGCCGCUGUACAGGCUGCGGUUCUCACUGGUCAGACUUCUGACAAGACCGCCGACCUCCUCUUGCUUGAUGUUGCCCCUCUCUCGUUGGGUGUUGCCAUGCAAGGAGACAUCUUUGGUGUUGUUGUUCCUCGCAACACCCCGAUUCCCACCAACAAAUCGCGGACUUUCACCACUGUUGAGGACAACCAAACGACCGUCACCUUCCCUGUGUAUGAGGGCGAGCGCACUCAAUGUCGUGACAACCGACUGCUGGGCGAGUUCGAGCUCAAUGGUAUCCCUCCCAUGCCUCGAGGACAGGCUGAGCUUGUUACCACUUUCGAGGUUGAUGCCAACGGUCUUUUGAAGGUCACAGCUCAAGAUCGUGCGUCUGGACGCAAGGCUCAGAUUAGCAUCACGAACUCUGUCGGCCGUCUUUCAUCCGCCGAGAUUGAACAGAUGAUCAAGGACGCCGAGCAGUUCAAGCAGGCAGACAAAGACUUCUCGGCCCGGCAUGAGGCCAAGGCGGAUCUGGAGAGCUACAUUCACCAGGUUGAGAACACGAUCACGUCGCCAGAGAUCGGUAUGAAGCUCAAGCGUGGCGCGAAGGGUCAAGUGGAGGCAGAGCUUGCGCGUGCUCUUGAGAAGCUGGAGAUCGAGGAUUCGACAGCUGAUGAGCUCAGGAAGGCGCAGCUGGGUAUCAAGCGGGCAUUGCAAAAAGCCACUGCUGGCAUUCGGUGA